AUGAGCUCCUCAGGGGAAGAUUUUGACCUCGAGGUCUCCGCUUCCGACUCUGAAGGUUACACGCCCAUCAAGAAGAAACCCGCAACCUCCAAACCGGCCGCGAAACCGAAGGCUGCCCCGAAGAAGAAACCUCUUUCCGAUAUGGAUACGAACGCGGAAGAGAGCAUGGCUAUCGACAAUGAUUCAGACGAUGAGAAGCCAUCGACAUCGGCAGUAAUUGCGCCUCCUAAGAAGAACAAGACAGCGUCGGAAAUGUAUCAGAAGCUCUCGCAACUCGAACACAUCUUGAAACGACCGGACUCCUAUAUAGGCAGCGUUGAAGCCGUUCGCCAGGCAAUGUGGGUGUAUGACUCAGACAGCAAUCGCAUGGUGAAUCGCGAAGUGAAGUUUGUGCCGGGUUUCUUCAAGAUUGUGGAUGAGAUCCUCGUUAACGCGGCUGACAACAAGAUCAACGAUCCUAACAUGGACACACUUAAAGUGAAUAUCGAUGUCGAGGAAGGCACCAUCUCCGUUUACAACAACGGGAAGGGUAUUCCCAUCGAGAUCCAUUCAAAGGAGAAGAUAUACAUCCCUGAGCUCAUCUUCGGUCAUCUCUUGUCGUCUUCAAACUAUGAUGACGACGAGAAGAAGCUGACGGGUGGUCGUAACGGUUACGGCGCGAAGCUUGCCAAUAUCUACUCUCACGAGUUCACCGUCGAGACGGCCGACAAGAACAUGGGCAAGAAGUACAAACAGACUUGGACCGACAAUAUGGGAAAGGUCGGGAAGGCCAAGAUCACGAGCGGUAACCAAGAGUACACGAAAGUCACCUUCAAGCCAGACUUCGAGCGUUUCGGCAUGGACGGUAUUGACGAUGACACGCUCUCCCUGCUGAAGCGUCGCGUAUACGAUCUUGCCGGAACCGUCAAAAAUGUCAAGGUCUAUCUCAACGACAAGCAGCUGAAGAUCAAGAACUUCAAGCAAUAUGUCGAGAUGUACCUGAACUCCGUGGCCGAACAUGCCUCAGAGACUUCGGGCGGUGCGGCACAAGCAAAGUCAACCGUAAUCUACGAACAGAUCAAUCCCCGCUUUGAAGUGGCAUUCGCACUCUCGGACACAGGGAACUUCCAGCAGGUUUCGUUCGCUAAUUCAAUCGCUACUACGAAGGGAGGCAGACACGUCGAUCUUGUGGCCGACCAGAUCGCCAAGAACCUCCUGACUCAGAUCGAGAAGAAGAACAAAGGUGCGAAGGUCAAGCCAGCGACGAUCAAGAACCACAUGUGGAUAUUCGUGAAUGCGUUGGUGGAGAACCCUACGUUCGACAGUCAGACGAAGGAUACACUUACCUUGGCUGCCAACAAGUUCGGCACGAAGCCUGUCGUAUCCGAGGACUUCAUGAAGAAGAUCGCGAAAUCAUCUAUCAUCGACCACGUCCUGAACUGGGCGCAAUUCCAAGCUGAUAAGCAGGCGAAGAAGACCGAUGGUUCUAAGCGUAGUCGCCUUACGGGCCUGCCCAAGUUGUCCGACGCUAACAAUGCCGGUGGCCGCAAUGCGAAAGACUGCACGCUCAUCCUUACUGAAGGAGACUCCGCCAAGGCUCUGGCCGUUGCCGGUCUCAGUGUAGUCGGCCGUGAUAACUUCGGUGUCUUUCCCUUGCGAGGUAAACUCUUGAACGUUCGCGAAGCCAGGCACGACCAAGUCAUGAAGAACGAGGAGAUUCAGAACAUUAAGAAAAUCAUGGGAUUGCAACAUAACAAGGAAUAUGCGGACAGGUCCAGCUUGCGUUAUGGCCAGCUGAUGAUAAUGACGGAUCAAGAUCACGAUGGCUCUCACAUCAAGGGUCUAUUGAUCAACUACCUCGACCAUUUCUAUCCCUCAUUGCUCAAGAUCCCGAACUUCUUGGUCGAGUUCGUUACGCCCAUCGUCAGGGUCACGAAGGGCAAGGAGCGCAAAGACUUCUUCACCAUCCCGGAAUACGAGAGAUGGCUGGAGAAUACGCCCGAUUCGCACAAGUGGGAGUCGAAGUACUACAAGGGUCUCGGUACAAGCAAGGAUUCGGACGCCAUGGAUUACUUCAGCCACAUGGAGAAGCACAUGAUACCGUUUGCAACGACUCAAGACGGUGACCGCGAGCUCAUCGACCUUGCGUUCAGCAAGAAGAAGGCGGACGAUCGUAAAGAAUGGCUUCGGCAGUGCAGGCCUGGAACGUAUUUGAAUCACGACGUGGAUGAGAUCCCGUACUCGGACUUCAUCAACAAAGAACUCAUCCUGUUCUCCAUGGCGGACAACAUUCGGUCAAUCCCGUCCGUUGCGGAUGGUCUGAAGCCAGGUCAACGCAAGGUUAUUUGGGGAUGCUUCAGGCGCAAGCUCAAGAAGGAAAUCAAGGUCGCCCAACUUGUGGGCUACAUCGCCGAGCACGCCGCGUACCACCACGGCGAGCAGUCUCUCAUGGCCACCAUCGUCAACCUUGCGCAGGACUACGUCGGCAGCAAUAACCUCAACUUGCUCAUGCCGAACGGUCAGUACGGUACGCGCGAACAGGGCGGAAAGGACCACGCCUCGGCUCGAUACAUCUUCACCGAGCCAUCGCCGAUCGCGCGCGCGAUCUUCCACCAACAGGACGACCCGCUGCUGAACUACCUCAAGGACGACAACGACCCGAUCGAGCCGGAAUGGUAUAUGCCCGUGCUCCCGCUCGUGCUCAUCAACGGCGCGGAGGGUAUCGGCACCGGCUGGAGCACGAGCAUCCCGAGCUACAAUCCGGUGGACAUCGUCGAGAACAUCAGGAGGCUCAUGCGCGGGGAGGAGAUGGUGCCGAUGAUGCCUUGGUGGCGCGGCUUCCGCGGGACGGUGAAGAAGGUGUCGGAGAACAGGUUCGACGUGACGGGCGUCAUCAGAAAGAAGGACGAGACGACGAUCGAGAUCACCGAGCUGCCGAUCCACAAGUGGACGCAGAACUAUAAGGCAGAGUUGGAGGCGAUGAUUGGGGAGAAGGGCGACGGAUUGAUCAAGGACUACAAGGAGCACCACAACAACAUCAACGUGCACUUUGUGAUCAACACGACCGCGAAGGACAUGGAAAAGAUCGAGAAGGAGAAGGGCGGGCUCGAGGAGUACUUCAAGAUGACGACGAAGAUCAACACGAGCAACAUGAUCUGCUUCGACUUUGAGGGCAAGAUCCGGAAAUAUAACACCCCAGAGGAGAUCAUCGAGGAGUUCUACCCCAUGAGGCUCGCGUACUACCAGAAGCGGAAGGACUUCAUGGCGAACGAGCUGCAGCUCCAGUUCGAGAAACUGUCCAACCAAGCGCGGUUCGUGCAGAUGAUCGUCGACCGGGAGUUGAGCGUGUCCAACCGGAAGAAGGCGGACAUCGUCGCCGAGCUGCGGAAGCGCGAGUUCAGGCCGUUCCCGAAGGUGGCAAAGGCGAAGGCGGCGGGGGAGAACGCCGAGGUGGUGGAGGACGCGGACGAGUUGGAGGAAGUCGAGCGCGAGGCGCAGGCGACGGGCGCUGGGAGCGACUACGAUUACCUGUUGGGUAUGCCGAUCUACGCGCUGACGAAGGAAAAGAUCGAGAAACUUCGGCAGCAAAUGGGCGACAAGGAGGCGGAGCUGUUGACGCUGUUGGAGCGCACGCCCAUCGAGAUCUGGAACGAGGAUCUGGACAAGUUCCUCGAGGAGCUGAGCCGCAACAACGAGGAAUGGGAGCGCAAGGGCGAGGUGGACGCGAGCGGGAAGAAGGUGAAGAAGAAGCAGGGCGCGAAGCUGCGCACACGCAAGUCCCUGCCUGGUCCGGGCAAGCGUAAGGGCGACGACGACGAUUCGGAGGAUGACUGGAAGCCGACGAAGGCUAAAGCUGCCGAGUCGAAGCCGAAACCCGGGACGAUCGCGGCGAUGAUGGAGAAGAGGAAGGAGAAGAAUGCAGCCGCGAGUGGGAGCGGGGUGAAGAAGGAGGAUAAGGAGGCGAAGAAGGAGGAGGACGAUGACGACGAGCCGGUGGUAGUGCCGACGAAGAGGGCGACGACGAAGAAGAAGCCGGCGUAUGUGGAGGCGGACGAAGAUAGCGAUAUCGAGAUGAUGGACGUCAAACCUAAGACUGCGUCGAAGCCGGCUCCCAAGGCGAAGAAGGCGGUGAAGGAGGAGAGCGACGACGAGGAUGUGAAGCCGCCGAGCGGAGGAAGGAAAGGAAAGGCGAAAGCUAAGGAGGAAAGCGAUGAUGAUGAUGGCGACUUUGCGCUCGGCGAGAGCAAGAAGGUGACAGCCGGCGCUAAAGCUAAAGGCAAGCGGAAGAGCGUCGGGUCGGAAGAGGAGGAAUCGGACGCAUAUGUGAAGCCUGCACCUAAGAAGGCGAAGGCGACACUGAAUGAUUUCUUCGACGACCCACCGGCCAAGGCCAAAGCUCCGACCGCCCGCAAGGCCUCCGGGACAUCCAAGGUUGCAGCGAUGAAGUCAAAAGCGUCCUCGUCACCUACACAAUCGAAACCCAAGUCGAAGGCGGCCCCGGUUAAGAAGGCACCGGCGAAGAAGAAAGCCGUCGUGAGCGACGAUGAUGACGACGACGAUAUACCCGUCGUCGUUGCUGCCCGGACGGAGGCACCGAAGAGGACGGCGAGAGCGGCUGCAAAGAAGGCGACGUAUGUGGACAUCCUUUCGGAUGAGGACGACGGCGGAGCGGACGACUCGCUGUUCCAUGACGAUGACUAGACUCGUUUUCUGUCUCUUCUUCCUGUUUCCUGACGCCCACCUUCUUCGUUCUUCGACAUGCAUGUAGGCAUAAUCUAUCGC